AUGGCUCUUCAAGAUGAACUAGAAAGCAAAAAAGACCCCGACAUUGCUUCUAAGGUCAAAGCUCUACGAGAAAAGGAAAUGCUUGAAGUGGAAAGCAAUUUGGCUGCUCUGGUUAAAAAGCGAAUGAAAAAGGAGAAGAAGAAAGGGAAGAGAGACAUUAGAAAGGAUGCGAAGGAUGACUACUCAAAAUCUACUCGAGAAUCUGAUCGCGGUUCAGAGCGGCGAAGGGAUACUCGCGAAUCUGAGUCUCGCAAAAGAGAUCGAAGCCGUGAGAGAGACCGAAGUCGCGAAAGAGAUCGCAGUCGUGAGAGGGAUCGUAGCCGCGACCGAGAUCGCGAUCGUGACAGGGACAGAGACAGGGAUCGCGACAGACGUCGUAGUAGGAGUAGGGAUCGUAGUAGGGAUCGGAAACGCGAUUCCAGUCGGUAAGA